GUUGAAAUGAAUGAAUACGUAGAUAAAUGCUGUUUACAGACGCUCUGGUUGCCAUGGAGAAGGCGAUGAAGAGAGAUAAGAUCACGGUGAACGACCGUCAGCUGGCGUGCGCUCACAUCACGUCACAGGAAGGACAGGACUACCUGAAGGGCAUGGCGGCGGCAGGAAACUACGCCUGGGUCAACCGCUCGUCCAUGACCUUCCUCACCAGACAGGCCUUUUCUAAAGUGUUCGGCACGACGCCGGACGACCUCGACAUGCACGUCAUCUACGACGUCUCUCACAACAUCGCCAAAGUAGAGGAGCACAUGGUGGACGGGAAGCAGAAGACUCUGCUGAUCCACCGCAAAGGCUCCACCCGAGCGUUCCCGCCGCACCACCCGCUCAUCCCCGUAGACUACCAGCUCACAGGUCAGCCGGUGCUGAUCGGCGGGACGAUGGGGACCUGCAGCUACGUCCUCACAGGGACAGAACAAGGCAUGACGGAGACAUUCGGCACCACCUGUCACGGAGCGGGUCGUGCUUUGUCUCGAGCGAAGUCCCGCAGGAACCUGGACUUCCAGGACGUCCUGGACAAACUGGCGGAUCAGGGCAUCGCCAUCCGUGUGGCUUCACCUAAACUGGUCAUGGAGGAGGCGCCCGAAUCGUACAAAAACGUGACGGACGUCGUCAACACGUGUCACGACGCUGGAAUCAGCAAGAAGGCGAUCAAACUGCGGCCGAUCGCCGUGAUUAAAGGCUGAAGCUGCACGACUCGACGUUUAAAGACUAUUUACACUAACGGGAAAGAUGUCAUAAUACUGAAAACUCAUUUCCUCUGUACAGAGAUCCUGGAAAGCAGAUGAUUUUUUUUGUGUGUUUUGGUUUUAGUUUGGGAUGAAUUUUAUGUUGAGAUUGGAAAUUUAAUUUCUAACCGGAGAAAAUGCCAUGGAGUUUUGUGUUCAUGCCAAAUCUGUGAUCCAAAUAAAGACGAUCACUUAAAACUG